GGAAAAGUUCAUUGAAUUGUCAGUUCGCUGUUUGUACGUUUCGGGCAAGUUUCAAGUGUUGUUUUAGAGCAGAGUGAUUUUAAAACCGUGUGCUGGAUUACGAGCAGUUCGAUAUAUUCGAUAAAUUCUUUUGUAGCGUUUGUAACAAUACCAAGAGCUGAAGCGCGAGAAGCGAACGACGAAGCGAGAGGAUCAGUCAUUGAAAAGGAAUUGGUUGAGCGAGGACGGGAAUUCGACGAACGAGAACACCGAGGAAGUGCCAAAUUCUAGAAGACAGCCCCGCAAGAAUGUCGACGACACCUUGCAAAACAACACCCGAUUCGCAGGCGACGCAUUCGGGGUCGCCGGACUUGCAGAUCAUAAUCCACGAGUUCGAAAAGGACUUUCACUCGCCGUCGGAGCACGGCGAAGCGCGGGCCGGUGAUAAGUCGAAGCCGAAGAACUUCGUGAGGAAGAUCGUGGCAUCGAUCGAGGUGAAUUACCAGAUGUACAACUAUCAGAACGGAGCGCUAGAUGAAAUUGAUGGCGAGGAAGCUAGCGGGACGGAAUGUCCGAAGUUGCAACGAAAGGCGAAAUCUUUCGGCAGCUGCUCCGAAAUCUCUAGGAACGUGAACAACAGCCCCACGAAGAAGGAUAACGAAUCGCGUAGACGAUCAGGCACCUUCUCCGCGCCCUCGUGCUCCAGCGCGGAGGACUCUAAGAAUAACAGACGUUCCGCAUUCAUUGCCUCGCUUUUUAGAGUCUCAGACGACAAAAAACGUGAUUGUGGAAACACAUCAAAACAGAUAGGAGAGGGUUCCACGACCUUGACUCCCGCGGAGAAGACCGAGGUGAUAGAGAGGAAGGCCUGCAGCUCAGGGGUCGCCUCAUCGCUCUCGCCUUCCAGCACCAACUAUGAGGACUCGAGGGCUUACAGACGGUCCCGACUCACCGAUUUCAUGUCCUCGUGCGAUGGAUUAUGUAGUAGCGAAAACGCGGCGCAGCAGAUGGUAGUGGAAUCCGCGACCUUGACUGUCUCGGAGGAGAAAACCGAGAAGGAAGAGAUUACAGCGAACAGCGUUACAGCGCCGGAUCCCAAGAAGACAGUCGCGGUGGAAGGUCAUGCUCCUCUUAAAACCAGCACGAUGAUCGAGGAGCACUUUCGGGCGGUGUGGGAAAAAGUCCUUCGCGAUCCUCCGCGAGUUAGGGUUGACGAUAGAACGCCGGAGAUCGUCGGCGCGUUCCUGAAGAAGCCGAUCGAAGUCGAGAAUACUUCGGUCGAAUGGAUACCGAUUACCAGCAGGAAGCUGCCGCGCAAGCAGUCGCUGAAGAAGCUGCUGACCUCCUGGGUCAGCAAGCAACCCUUCUAUAAGAACAACUCGAUCAACAACUUGCUCAAGGGGACCGACUUGUUCAAGGAAACCGACUUGAUCAAGGAGAAGAACUUGAUCAAGGCGAAGAACUUGAUCAAGGAGAACAACUUCAUCAAGAACAACUUGAUCAAGGAGAAGAACUCGAUCAAGGAGACCAACUUAAACAAGGAAACCACCGUGAUCAUUGAGACCACCCGGGAGCUGCAGGACUCCGGCUACGAAGAAAAGUCCGCCUCCUCGUCAUCGUUGUCCUCGGUCAUGUCCGCCAAGGGGGCUUUGGAGCAACCGAAGGACGACUUCAUCGAGAUGGACAGGAAGGCCACGUUGAGUACUUUCCGCGCCGAGAAUCACCUCACCAGUGUGUUGAACGAGACUUUCAACGAUGAUUGCCAAGAAGAUGCCACUCCUGAAAGUUUUUAAGCGACAACAAUGUCCCGGGACGAACGACAAAACAUUGCUGUUCGACGAAACCGAUUUUUAAUGGUUUUUAUUUAGCUAACGGACGCGAUUUCCGGUUUAACGUUUUGUUUUUAGGACGUAUCGUAUUUUUUAUAUUUCAUUAAGUUAGACUAAAUCGUAGGAUAGAUUUUUGCUUUUUAUCGAACUUGCUCCGCGGUCACCGUUGCUCUGCCAAGGAGACGCGGUUUUCCCGUGGAUAGAGGCUUCAGAUGAGACUAAUGAGGACGAGACGACGCGUGCCGCGGCGUUUUCACCUGGGAAACAUUCUCCCGAAAGACCUGUUCGUAGCGGCACCGUUCGGUCCUCGGAACCGUACAGCCAGAGAAAAGGGGAGUACGUGUUCCUAGUCGUUUUCCAUGGCAAAACGAUUGUCGGAGCAGACGCGCUACCGGUGAAUAAUACGCGGAAACAGGUGAAUAUAUUUGUACAUUCAUCUGUAAGGACAUGUUUACAGAGAACUUGAACGUUUUUAUUAUAGUCAGGGUUUCAUUGUAGUUUUAUUUUAUUAUAUAAUUAUAAUUUAAUAUUUAGUCAUGUUUCGUUAUAAUCAAGGUUUUAUUAUAGUUUUAUUUUAUUAUAUAAUUAUAAUUUAAUAUUUAGACAGUAUUUUUAUUAUAGUCUGUGUGUUUAUCAUAGAUAGUGUUUUUAUUAUAACCAGUGUUUCUAUUAUAAUCGGUGUUUCUAUUAUAAUCUGUAUUUUUAUUAUAAUCAGUAUUUUUAUUAUAAUCCGUGUUCUAUUAUAGUUAGUUUUAUUAUAGUCAGGGUUUUAUCACAGUCCAGGGUACUAUACAUAUGUAUUAUAAAUAGAUAUAUAUGUAUACGUCGCCGGACGUAAGCGAGAGACCACAGACGAGACAAAUUUGUAAAAAUUUAUUUUUCUAACGUUUUCAUGUGCACUACAUUUAUGUAUAAAUGCUGUGCUAUGUAUAUAUUUUUGAAUAAUAAACAUUGUGUGCCAUUGCAAA